CCCGUGCUGCCCGCCGGACGCGGCUGCCGGCUGGGCCCUGCGCGGGCUGCGGCUGCCGGAGCGGGGGGCUCCCAUUAUGGUCAGCCAUGGCGUGGCCGGCGGGCGGGCUGGCCGAGCUGCGCUGGUACGCGCUGGUCACCCUCUUCGUGGCCGCGUUGGCCACGCUGGCCGUUUACCUGGUGCAGUACGCGCUGCUGGCCCUGCGGCGGAGGAGGGGGAAGCGGCGGCGACCCCCCCAGCAGCCCCCGGCGGCGCCGCGGGACGAGCUGCUGGAGGAGGGCGGCUCGGCGCUGGCCUGGGCGCUGUCGCUGGGCAGCUGGCGGCGGCAGUGGCGGCGGGCCUGGGUGGCGGCGCUGCGCGGCGAGGCGGCGGCGCGGGCGGACUCACAGCUGCUGACAUUUGAGGAAGAUGACCCAGCAGAACCACUUGAGCUCACAGUUAAACAAGUUGUUAGCGUGGUGAAGUCUGUUCAAGAGAAGGUGGUUUCUUGUAAUGUUGUGGGAGACUCUGUUACGUUUAUUAUCAGCAUCUCAAGUUCUUCACCCACAGCUGCAGAAAGUCAGUCGUACAGCGUGAAACUGUCUCCGCUUCACUUGCAGCUUCACCUCUAUGUGAAAGACAAAGGGGAUGAUGUCAAAGUGGAGUGGCUCCUCGUUAAUGUCGAUGAGACCAACUUUGAAAUCCAGCCAACAGUGCAGGAGGAGCAGGGAGAAGGGACUUGUGCAAUAUCUGAAACGCUCAGAGAUGUUUUGAAGAACCUCUUUAGCUCAGUUACUCCAUCUGUAGUGUUGAGUACGAGGCCUACAGACAUAAAGGAGGUUCAGAAUGUACAGAACACGAGCGCUAUCCCUCAGGGCACCAGUCCGCCUAAACCUCCAAGGGCUCAUGAACUGAAACUGCUGGUAAAGAACAUCACAGUAAACCUCACUGAUCACAGUGCUGCAGGCAGCACAAACCUUGUGUGCAUAGCUCAGCUGAAUGACCCUAUGCAGAAGUUCUCCAGCUCUGUAGCCAAAAAUGCUGCAAAUCCCUUUUGGAAGGAAGAGUUUGUCUUUGAACUAAGUGCCAAAUCAAAAACACUGCUACUGCAAAUAGCAGAAGACGGAAAGUUGGAUAGUUCUUCAUCCGCAAGGGCAAUUGUACCUCUAGACUUGUUCAGGAAGCAGCCUUCUGGCCACCAAAGCUUUGCACUGAGCAGCAGGGCCAGUGAUGGUAGCCCAGAGCUGAGGCCUGGGCUAGGAUCAAUUACUGCAGAGUUCUUGUUUAUUGAACCUAGCGAGUUAAAGACUUGGCAAGCUUCUUCUCCAGUGCCAAGCACUAAGGUAGAAAAGGAUCGAACUGUGAUGCCCUGUGGGACUGUGGUCACUACUGUAACUGCUGUGAAAACCAAACCUCGACUAGAAGGGAGGUCAUCCCCAUUGAGCACAGGUUCUCCUUUGAAAACUCCAGUCAAAGUCAAAGUGAUUGAAAAGGAUUUUUCUGUUCAAGCUCUCCAUUCUCACGGUGCUCCAGUCAGCAAAAAUUUAUCGUCUUCAGAUACAGAGCUGCUGAUACUGAAUGGCAGUGAUCCUGUUGCAGAAGCAGCCAUUCGACAGUUAAGUGAGUCUGCCAAGCAGAAGCUGAAGUCUCCCAGAAAGAAAAGCACCAUUAUCAUAUCAGGGGUGUCCAAGACCUCUUUAUCUCAGGACAGUGAAACUGCACUGAUGAUGGACUACGCUGCAGCCAUGGACAGUUCCCGCAAAGAAUCAGAUCUACCACCUGCUGGAGAGGAAGUGAUUGCAAAAGUCACUUCUGAUGAAAAGCUAUCAUCAGGUGCUUCAGAAACAGUACCUGAUACUGAUGCACAGCAAAAUGCCCAUAAGGCUUGGGCUUUGGAGAAUGGCAGCCAGCAGUGGGACUCCAACACACUCUUAGACCAGAGCUGUGAAGAAAUGUCUGGGAGCUCAUUAAGUGUUUCAGAAACUGGGAGUGUGAAAAAGUCUAAAGGUGGGAUUUUGAGAAAGAGUGCAAAGCUAUUUUUCCGUCGACGACAUCAUCAGAAGGAUCCAGGAAUGAGUCAGUCGCACAACGAUCUCAUCUACCUGCAGCAGCCCCUGUCAGAGGAAACGCGCAAGAAGGGAGGCACUCUUUCACGUAUUCUUAACAGAAAGUUGCUUUCCAAGAACAAAAGCAAGAGCAAACUGAAUGGUGCUUCGGCAGAACCGUUUGCGUAAGGCUGAAUGAACGCUCUCUGAUGGGAUGCUUGCACAUCAGUUGUUUACAGAGCAGUACCAGAGAACACAGAUACAGCUGAUGACUUGCAUAACGUGAUGCUCGCUAAUACAGUGGUGCAGGAAGGAACAGAAGGAUUGUAUUUUCUGUUUAUUUUUCCAGAACAGCUUUCUGUCUGAUUACUGUGAAGGUGCUCCUCUGAAUACAAGCACCACUACUUGCAUCGUAACAGCUUUUGGAGGACUACGUGGUGGUGUUGUACAAGGUGAGGGAGAGCAGGGAAUGGUGCAGGUAGAGAGAAGCUGCACAUGAGCACCUAGUUGACUGAAGCAGGGAGCUGAGAACUGAAGAACCGUACCUGCUCUAUGAUUGAACCACUGUCAGGAGAGGAGAUACCACUGUGCUUCCAUGCUGUGGCAUGGAGCAGUAGCAAUGCAAGUCUCAGCUUGUGUUUCUGGUCAGGCUGAAAGGGAAAACAGACCCAGACCUACUUUAUAUUGUGAUUUGAAAACGGGUAAGUUUUCAGAAACAGAGCUGAACCGCUGAUUAAGAGAGCCUACUGUAAUAACUGUAGCCUGCUAUAAACACUGCUCAGUCCAUGUAGGUGGAGAGAGGCCUUUUAUAUUAGCCAUAAAUCAAUAAAUUAUGCAAAUACUUACACUAGCAUAUUGUUUAAUGUUCUGUAUGUAAGUUAUACUCUAAAAAAACAGAACUUUUUAAAGAAUUUACUUGAGUCUACUUGCAAACAUUUACAACUUCUCCUCUGUAGCUUUUCUUCCCUGUGUGAGAAGCUGUUGCUGCUAAUACAAAAACAUGUUGUAGGGGCUCUAUUUCCUUCUCCCAAGUACUUGUUAGACAAGCAUAUAUAUAUACCAUCAUAUCAAAUGGCAAAGCUAGGAGCAAUAAGUCUUGAAUAGAGCAUAUUUAACCCUAUAUAAGCUUUUCAUUAGACAGCUUGUUUUACUUGCCAAAUAUUUACUGAGAUCUUAGAAAAUGCAGUUGUGAAGAGAGCUUUUUAAAACAUAAUGAUCACAGUUCCCUCAGUCUUUCAGUUUCUAGCUCCACCAGUGUUGUUGCGUGCUGAGUGGUUGGUUGAGUUUUGUGAUUUAUUUUCCUCAUUAAAUUAGAAAGAAAAACUGGUGAAAGUAAAGGCAUAGUUCUUGUUUUAGCUGCUGAGAAGAGCAGAAGACAGGAUUUUACAGGUGCCACCUUGUAGUUUGCCUUCCUGUACAUUCCUCCUGAGGACAAAGGACCAAGCCUGUUUUCUUUAGCUAAGGAAAACAUCCAUUCCAUUAGAGCUACUGACAUGAAUGAAUGAUGGGUUUGUGUUGCUUUGUCAGCAGUGAUUCACACCCCCUCACCUCACCCCUUAAAAGAGAUACAAGGCUUUUGCCUUCAACUUUUCUUCAAAAAUAGAAAGUCACUGAGGAACAGAAACACGUUUUGAAACUUCAGAUGGACUUCAGAUUCCAUGAUAAAUUCUUCUACAAAGAAAAUCUAGAUGCUUGUUGGUUGUUUUUUUACCAACAGAUUAGUAAAUAAACGAACUGUCAAAAUCUUUUAACUGAGUCUAUAGUUUAAAAAUACCACUUGUAUGUAAAAAAAUCACUGUAGUACAGCAGUCCAGCCUAUCAAACAGCUGUACCUCUAAGCAUGCUGCUUAUUAUGAAAACAUUUGAAGGCAUUUGUAUGUUUUAUGUUUUGGAAAUUUGUUACAAAUGACCGUCCUGGAGCUGUAAUGUGCUUAAAAAUCCCAGUUCAGUAAUAUGGAUUUGUCCUGCCUGAAUGUGCUUGAGCACUUGUGUUUGUUGUUAGUUUAACACAAAGUAGAACUCUUCAUUCGUACUACAGUGACUCGUGAUCCAAGCAUUCAGAACACUGAAUCUUGAUUCCCUCAACAUGUACUUUUUCCAUGCAAAGGAUGUCUUUGCAUGAUGGAGCAGGGUGGGAGGUGAGAUCCUUCUAGUGUUCUACAUGGUCAAUUUUGUUUACCGAAGGAAAAAAUCUAACCACAAAUUCAAGCAAUCAAAGCAAGACUGAGCUCCGUUGGUAGCAUCAUCUCUGUACGCUGAGAGCAGAGGGAGCACGUAACAAUACUUGAGAUCUGUUCACAUUACUGAAGUGGGAUUUAUCUUACGGAAGUCUUAUCAUUUACUGUAGAAUACGGUGAAAAUAACACUAAAUAAUGUGCUGGCUGCAGGAGAAGGGUUUGCUUGUGUGUUAUUUUGAAGAACAAAUAGACCCUGAAGUUUUGGGUUGGUUUCUUUUUUGGUUGAUCCGUCUUAAGGUCUUGGUUAUUGCCUAAGCCCACGUCUUGACGGUGGGAUAUAUAUAUAUAUAUAAACAUACUGCAAAUUGUGUGAAGGUUUAGGCUUGCCUAUAUUGAGAGAAUUGACCAUUAAGAUGAGGAAAGCAAGGCAACUUGUGUUAAGAGGGAAUCUUUGUCUUUAAUUGCCUUCACUCCUCAGGAAAAUAAAUAGUGUUUGGUUUGAUGUGUGACCUCUACACGUGGCUGGUUGUUCUUCACAGAAUCACAGAAUUGCCAGGGUUGGAAGGGACCUCAAGGAUCAUGAAUCUCCAACCCCCACCUCUUCCUACAAAUACUUUGUGUUGCAUUAUAAAAACAAGCUGAACUACCAAACCCAAGGGACAGCUACGUUUCUCACUGAUGGCAACCUUAAAGGCCCAUGACAUUCAGUGCUAUUUUCCCUUCCUAUAUGAUUUUUGCCUUUUAAGAUCAGAUCUGAGCAGGUGGGUUUUUUGCCUCUUAGUGGCUGUGUCAGUUGUCUGCUGACUACCAGAAGGAGCUGAGCUUCUGUUCCAUGAAGGGAGGGCAGGAUCUGUGAGCUGACAGUGCUAUUGCUGCACCUUGUACUCUUGGGCACAGAUCAUGCCCUGUGCAGUUGUGUGAAGGAUGCCAGAGAGAAUCAUUUAGCUCUACUUUUUGCAGUCUUCAUGACUUUAACAACCGCGCAUUUGAAGAGCAGAACAAAUCUCAGCAUGGUGUUACAUAGAAAACUUCAUGUUUUCUGCCUUCCAAGUUAAUUACCUCAGAACAGCAGUUUGGAAACGAUUUGUGAAAUCUUUCUUCCUUUCUGUCCUUUUUCUUAUACUUUUGUGUUUCUGGAUCUUCUGUACAGCACUAUAAAGACAGUAUUUCAUAAGAGCUAUGCUGUGACACUUCCUUUUUUCCUUUCUGAAGCAUCAUGUAAUGCUUUGGUGUUCUUGGCAUGUGAAAUUUCUUAGGAGAAAGUAGCAAUGACUACAUAAACUGCUGUCAAAUUUGUAAAGGGAAACAAAAACAUUGUUUUAACAGCUCUUUUAGUUCUGGUAAUUCUAGGUGUUACAAGGCGCAAGAGCUCUAUACAAGGUGGGAGUCUAUUUCUUUUUAUUCUAUUGCAGCAUUCUAAGUGUAGAGCUGAAGUUAGAGCUAAGUGCUUAUCAUGGUACAGAAUGAAGCACAGCAGGCUCCAGGCUAAGGCAUUCCUGCUGUGAGAGGGAACAACCAACCUCCUGUUCUGACCUCCGCAGGACAUAAGUGGAUUUAUUCCUGUGUUUCAAGUUAGCAUAUGCUUCAGCAUCUCGCUGAGCCACAGCCUCAGUGACAAACAAUUGAAACAAUUCAAAGUUAACUACAUCACCAGGGUGAUUACUCGAAGCUGAGAGUGAAUAAUGUCAUUUCACUCUGGAUAUCCAAAUUGCUACCAUGCAAGGUGCUGGCACGGUGUGGAGGUAACUGGGAAGGAUGGAUGUGAGGUGUUUCCAAUCCUGUAGCUUUGUAUUUCCCACUAAUGCAGUACGCUCUGAUAUUCCAGAUGGGUAACACUUUUGUUUUCUAGUACACAACUGUGACAGUCAUUUCUUCCACUGUGUUUUUUUCUUGUUUUUUUUGCUUUAUUUUGCGCGUGUGUAAAAAUGAAGUUGGUACAGUUACAAAGCCUACGAUGUACAGAUUUAUUACAUCACUAAAAAGUGUGUGGAUUUUUAAAAGAAACACUACUGCUGUACAAUAAACGCCCGUUGUCUCCGUGCCGUGUGCUGUCCUACAUACCCAGCCAGCCGCUCUAGGCAGCUUUCUGCUCUCCUUCACGAACGUGGCCCGUUUGCCCGUGCUUACCUCACGUUUAUUGCUUAGCUGAAAUCCCCUACUGCUCUCCCAACAGGCUUUCUUCAUUUUAUCUCCUGCUUUCAUCUUGAGCGGUUUAACUUCUGCGCCGUGACCAGAAUCACACAAUCAUUAAGGCUGGAAAAGAUCCAGCGCAGCCACCGGCCCAACGAGCCCGCUACCCACGCUCAGACUGCCCUCGCUGCAAAAAAGAAGGGCUUCCCCGGGCUCCCCGAAGCCCGCUUUCCCUUCUCUUCCAAUUCCCAGGUGCUCUCGCAGCUCGCGAGCUCCCUACCCGAGCCCGUUCCCCGCCCUGGGGCCGC